AUGACGGUGAGUGCCACGUGGUCGGAUUACUGCGGAGAGCACAAAGUGCCAUUCGGAAUGGAAGUGCACAAGAACGGAGUGGUUAACAUUCUCUGCUCACGGCCCAAUUGCCACGAGAAGAAAUAUGCGGUGAGUACGAAUCGAAUAUAGAAUAGCAGCAAUCGUUUCGAGUCUUCAGGAAUGCCCUGAACGUGCCACUUCUUCAUCCUGCUCCACAAACUCUUCGUGGGUGGGCGGAGUCUCUCAGCGUUCCGACGGAGUCUUGCAGCUCAUGUGCUGUGAGUACGAUCUCCUGCCAACAUAUUCCACCAUCCAGUAUCAAAACGUAAGCUUUUCUGCCGAUUUCAUAUCGCAAAUGCUUUCCUCUUUCAGCUGACCAUCAAGCCGGGAGAGUACUUUGAAGGAGACGAACAAAUGGACGGAGACGCGGUGAUAGCCUUCGAUCUCAUCGGAGACAUUCGGCAGAUUAAGCAGCCUAACGGGUGAGAUUCUGAACGCGUCCAAAGUUUGUCUGAACUGAAUACUUGCAGAAACUAUUCGUACAACCUGCUCGUCUACCGUUACCACUGCGGUAACAUUCCAGACACCCCGCCAGCCUGGUACAGGCAAAAUCAGUGGCCGUAUUGGAAGUGAAACUACCGUGACUUUUCUAUUGUUAAAUCUCUAGUCCUAUUUCUGUAUUCAUAAUCUAAUUUAUUGUUCAGCGGGUAUUGCCGGGUUCAUAUUUUGUAUUUUGUUGCCUUUUCUAGUCGGUCAUAAAACUUUGAAUUUUUUAUGGACCACAGUCUCGUGUGUCCCAAAGUCAAUCGCAAAUAUGACGGUAUCAAGUGCGUCAUAAUUGGAACGAACUCAUGGGGAACCUGCAGAAAAAGUAAAAGAAGGAACAUCCUGAUAAUUUUAUUUCGUUGUCUGUCGGAUGCCACGUGCUUUUCACUUUUCAGGCCUGAACGGGUACAUAUAGGAGCGGAAUUCAGGUGCAUUUCGACUCCGAAAACCGCAUAUUCUCAACGAUAUGAAAGAUUUCGAUUACCAAAAUGUUGCUGGCUCACUUUUGAAGAAGAACUAGGACAACGUUUUUAUUUUGCUGUUUCAGAAUUGUAGAGCUAGUUUCACACUCAUGAUUUUGCAUGUCUAAUAAAAUGCGGUGUACACUGACGUCUGCACAUAAAUUUCACGCCAGGUCUUUGCUGACGCGUUUUUCGAAUGAGGCAAAAAUGCGCGCGAGAGUUUGUUCAAACAAAGUCGUGAGUGGUGACACAUUUCCAACGAAUACUCUCCAUUUUUGAGGCUACCCCGAAUCAGAACUGUCCCCGAUCAGAACCGGUCAAAACAAGACUUCGUGUAACAAGAACCAUCUGCCGAUCGGUUCUGAUUCGGCACAGUUCUGAUACGGGGUAGCCUCUCAUUCUUGUGGCUCCCCUGUAUAAUUCAUAUUAUUUUUUGUUCCCCACCACUUCCAUUAUAUUUCAGGCACCGCUACGAUGUUUGAGGCCAAGCUCGCCAACGCCGGACUUCUCAAGAAGAUCGUCGAAUCCAUCAAGGUAGAAAUACAACUUUUCUUCAUUACUACGUUCCUUCUCUACAGGAUCUCGUGACGGAUGCCCCCUUCGACUGCUCCGAGACGGCCAUGAGCCUGCAGGCAAUGGAUUCCUCCCAUGUCGCCCUCGUUUCGCUGAAAUUGGAGGUAGACGCUCUUUUCAAGAUGUGUUUCUGUAUUCCAAACUCUUUCCAGGUUGGCCUCUUCGACACGUACCGAUGCGACCGUACCAUCAAUCUCGGACUUUCCCUGGCCAACAUGUCGAAGGCUUUGAAAUGCGCCAACAACGAUGACACUUGCAUGUUGAAGGUACCGAGCAAAGCUAUAAACAACCAAAAUAAGUGUUCAACUUUCAGUACGAAGAGAACGAUGGAGACUCGAUUGUUUUUACGUUCGCAGAUCCGAAGCGCGAUAAGACUCAGGAUGUGACUGUCAAAAUGAUGGAUAUUGACAGCGAGCACCUUGGAAUUCCAGAUCAGGACUACGCCGUCGUCUGUGAGAUGCCAGCUGGAGAGUUUCAGAAGACUUGCAAGGAUCUGUCCACGUUCAGUGAUUCGAUCAAUAUCACCGCCACCAAGGCAGGAAUCGUGUUCACCGGGAAGGGAGACAUCGGAACUUCCGUCGUCACUUACUCGCCGUCCUCCAACAGUGACGAUGAGAGCGACACCGUCUCCCUGCAGGUGAAUGAGCCGGUCAACGUGAACUUCUCUAUCAAGUACAUGAACCAAUUCACCAAAGCCACGGCACUCUCCGAUCGCGUCCGUCUGUCGCUCUGCAACGAAGUUCCGGUCGUCGUCGAGUACCCGAUUGAGGAAAAUGGAUAUCUCCGAUUCUACCUGGCUCCGAAGAUUGAUGACGAGGAGAACAUGGACUAA